CAGUCAGGAUGAAGCAUAGUCAAAACUCAGAUUAAUUACAGUCAAACAUAUCGACUUGAGGACUUGGUUCUACUGGUCUAACAUUAAGUCAUUUUUCGACGUAUGGUCUGUUUGCACAAAGCGGAUCGAGUUCAACUUUAAAUAGUCAUGAUGUUGAACGCGGUUCAGUCGCUCUCGUCCUCCCACGCGCUAAUAAGUCGUAUUUGGGGCUAGUGGUGACGUAAUCCCCCGACGGAGACUUCUCAUUCAAACGGCGAUAGGUCAGUAGGAGCAGCGCAAAAAGUAACCCUGUCAUCCGGGUCUUUGGUGUGAUUAAUAAACUUAUACAGGCAAACGUACGACAACAGGUAACGUAAAGUAGUUUACAAUAGCUAACAACAUGAAUGGUGAAACUAGGAGUAUGAUAACCACAAAUGCUACUAAAAGUUAUCCUGGGCUGGAUCCAGAACUUGCUAACCACCCCCACCUUGAGGUCUAGCGCUGAGAAAAAAGAAAAAGUCCCGUGGCUGAAGCUAACCCGAUCCGUUUGACAGCGGUUGACCUCUCGCGCCACUUGCUCCGCAUUAACGUGGUGGUUGUGGACCGGCAGCGCCGUCGAGUUGAACCCGUACCAACGGACAACCGACGCCGUGUCGGUGGUUUGACAGCCCGCUAACGCGAUAAUGUCCGCUAGCUGGCUAGCUAGCUUAGACGGGCGUUAGCUUUAGCAAAACAAGAGCUGAGUCUCGGGAGUCAGCUGACCGGCUGCUAGCGAGCUGCCAGCGGACCAGUGAUGGAUCAACUGAGAGUCAAGGACCGCAUAUUGGAAAACAUCUCCCUGUCAGUCAAGAAGUUGCAGAGCUACUUUGCCGCAUGCGAAGAUGAGACUCCAGCCAUCCGAAAUCAUGACCGGGUCCUUCAGCGCCUCUGUGAACACCUCGACCAUGCUCUGCUGUAUGGCCUGCAGGACAUCUCCUCGGGCUACUGGGUCCUGGUCCUUCACUUCACCAGGAAAGAGGCUGUCCGUCAGAUAGAUGAGCUUCAGCACAUAGCAACCAACCUUGGUCGAAGCCGAGCAUGGCUGUACCUGGCAUUGAGUGAGAGCUCUUUGGAGAGCUAUCUACGCCUCUUCCAGGAGAACCAAGGGUUACUGCAGAAGUACUAUUUUAAGAACGCACUGGUCUGCAGUCAUGACCACCUCACGCUCUUCCUCACGCUGGUGUCCGGCCUGGAGUUCAUUCGCUUUGACCUGGAGCUGGACGUGCCCUAUCUGGACGUGGCCCCCUACAUGCCGGAUUACUACAAACCCCAGAACCUGCUGGACUUUGAGGAAAGGCUGCCCAGCUCAGACAGCUUGUCCCUGCACUCCUUCACCUCCCUCACCUCCACCAACCUGGAGUGGGACGACAGCGCCAUCGCCCCCUCCAGUGAAGAUUAUGAUUUCGGUGACAUCUUCCCCGUGUUGCAGUCAUUGCCAAGUGCAGACUGGGAAGAGGGUGACCUGACUGACCAGGCCAGCUGCCCACGAUCCAGUGGCUCUGAUCCCCAGACGGUCAUCAGCGACACGGUGGUCCUUUCUAUUGGCACUCUCAAGAUGAAGGCAGCAGCUCAGCUUGCUUCGCACAGCCCGACGUACAGACACAACCCUUUCAACGGGGACUCGGACACCAACACCUCCGCCGACGUCACCCCGGUUCACUUGGCUAGCUGCCUCAACGCCGUGACCGCUGGAGAUGACGCGGAGAGCACCGGCAACGAGCUGGAGGUCAUCAGGAUGGCCAGACGAAGGAAACCAGCCAAGAAGCGGCGUGGGAGGGGCUCCACAGAUUCCAUGAGCAGCCUCCAUAACUCUGUCUCCUCUGAGCACAUGGAAAUGUCGUCGGAGGAUGUGGAUUCCCUAAAUGGCACUGUAGUUCAGCUGGAUGCCGAGUCGGAGCUGAGGAGAAGCCGGGGGGGCUCGGAGGUCGUGGAGGAAGGGGACGAGGACGGAGUAGAAGGCCUCCUACGGCUCCCGGAGAUGAAGGACACCUCCAUGGACACCGUGGGCCAGUCGCUCCGCGAUGUCAUGGACCGGCUCAACGGGCCUCUGGACGGGGAGGAUGUCUGGGAGCGACGAGGGGAGAGGGAGGAGAAAAGCAGCGCAGGCUGUGACCGGGGUCCCGAGCCCCCGACGCAGCAGCCCUUUCAAGAGGAUUCCGGGGGUGAGCCACCCGACCCAGCCCCAGGAGAGGCGUCUCUCUUCCUGCAGGCCCCUCCUGCGCCUUCAGACUUAUGCUGCUUUACCGCCAACAGUUCAGACUCUACUCCCACGGGUGGUGGCCACUAUGACUCUGCAGAGCAUAGCCAAUCGCAAACUCUUUCAGGUGGCCUUGAAGAUGAUGGAGAUGCAAAAGUGUCGGCAGGACCGGAACCCGAGAUGAAGACCGGGGAGGAAGUCACAGAGGAAGGAGAGGACACUGGCAAUAAUGCAUCUGCUGAGGAAGCAGAGGAUUCUCAUCCUGCAGAGUUCAAUGUGGACAACAAUCACUUGCUUCUUCUCAUGAUUCAUGUAUUCAGAGAGAACGAGGAGCAGCUCUUCAAGAUGGUGAGAAUGAGCACAGGCCACAUGGAGGGUGACCUGCAGCCCCUUUACCUGCUGCUGACUGACUGUUACAUCUACCUGCUUAGGAGGGGUGCAGCAGAGAAGCCCUACACAGUGGAAGAGGCCGUCUCCUAUAACGAGCUGGACUAUCUCUCAGUGGGCCUUGACCAACAGACCGUGACGGUGGUUUGCACCAACAGACGGAGAAAAUUCCUGUUGGACACCGCUGAUGCCUCUCUGACUCAGUGGUUCUUGUCUGUUCUCAAGUCAGCCAUGGUGAAGGGUUGUCGUGAGCCUCCUUACCCCUCUGUGCUGACGGAUGCUACCAUGGAAAGAUUGGCUCUUACAAAGUUUGUCUCCCAGGAGUCCCACUGUGAGGUAUGUGAAGUGUCUAUCCAACUGUAUUCCCUAGUCCACUGGGACGAUCCUAUGGACAUGACUUUGUCACCCCAGGGUGGCCCACAAAUCUCUGGACUACCUUCCAGCACCAAGGAGGGCGCUCUGCAGUACCGGGUGGGAAGCACCUACCUGGGCAAAGAGCUGUGGAAAAGCUGCUACCUCGUUCUCAGCAAGGGGAUUCUGUACCUGUAUGCCGAAAGGACCGAUGCGACGCCUCUGCUGUCGGUCACUAUGGGAGGAGAGCACUGUGGAGGAUGCCGCCGCUCAAACAGCACCGAGCGUCCCCACGCCUUCCAGGUCGUCUUGACGGAGCGGCCGGCGCUGGAGCUCAGCGCCAACAAUGAGCAGGACAUGGCCGACUGGAUGCUGCUGCUCUGCCAGUCCGUCUCCAAAGGGGUCAUCCCUCAGGGUUUGGCCCCCACUCCAUGUAUCCCAUGUUGCCUGGUGAUGACGGACAGGAAGUUGCUUACGUGUCAUCAGGACUGUCAGACCAGCUUCUUCCGCUCGCUCGGCAGCGCCGAUAUCUGUGAUGUCACUUCCGUCAGUCUGGAGGCUGACAAGGAGUACUGCGUCAUUGAGUUUGCUGCAGACCGGUCCCAGUUCCUUCCUCCGUGGGUCUUGUACUUCAGCGGCUGCGAGGAGAGAGAUCGACUGCUGGAGGCGCUAGACGACACAUGGAGGGCUGUGUACCAGGUCAAUCUUCCCCACAGACAAGUGUUGGAUCCGCCCGUGCAGAAGCGUUGCGGCGAGGCCCUCGCCCUGAUGAAUAGCGCCUGGCAGAGGGCAGAUAGUCUGGCCCGAGGCCGAGCCCAGCGCGAACCCUGGUGCUGACAGACGCACACACAUGCGCGCAUACACUUUUACCUGUGGGGGUGGCCACUGAGCCGGACUGAUGGUUAAGAGGUCUGAUAUCGUUCCAGGUGAGACGGCGUUAACGCCGGCAUUCGAUCUGCAUCACUCUAAACUGAGCUGACAAUCCGACGCGGUUAUUGGUUGAUGCACCUCUGGUUCCCUGAUGGCGUCCUGCAGAAGUAGCGAUGCAACAGCAGGACGUUCUCACUUGAAGUGAAAUGAAUCCCUAUUAACCGAACAAUACAAACGGCUUUGUAUUUGAUUCUAGUGACACAUCUAGUGCCAUUAUUCCUUUUAUUAAGAAAUAGCAGCAACGGAGAACCAAUAUGCGGAACCAAGGGAAACGUUUGGGGUCAAAUGAUAUGACUCUUUCUCUAUAAUCUAUCAUUAUUCUCUCCGCACGGAAAACGCCCUGCAGGAAAUGGCGAUGGAUAAUUGUAGAAAGCACAUAACGUCAGCGUUACAGCGUGCGUUACAAUAUAUCCCGCUGAAUUGAGUUUGAGCUGAUGAGGAAACGCACAUUUAGUACAUUGAGGAAGACGAGGAGCCGUUACCAGCAGCUUUCCUGCACUGUAAAGAAAAUGAUUAUAAUAAAAUUAGUAAGGUUUACUAAAAUAACAAAUAAAAAGCCAUAAAUGAAGGGGGCAGUUGAUGCUUGUUUGCUACCUGGAAGAAGUUCACCCUCCUUGCCUUGGGCACACAGAAGUAACGCUCUCUGACUGGCACAAGUCACACAGCUGUGUGAAGACACUAAGUCACUCCUUGCUUGGUGCCAGUUCCAAGACGUACAGAACCAAUGUACAGCGAUGUACAGUCCCGACGCAUAAUCACUGAUGGUUGUGUAAUGUCUGACAUUCAGAUUAAGGUCGUCUAAGGUCACGUGCCUCUACACCGAAUCCCCGUCACUUCGGACGUGAGCUUGAGAGAAUGAGGAUCUCGAUACGAAGAACAUCUGGAUGCUCAACGGUUGCACUGGACAGGACAUGGCCAUGCUCCAUCUGAGCAUGGCCACUUUCUUUACCAAUUUAAACGUUGUCACACGUUGAUUAAAACAAAAGAAAGAAGACAAGAAAGAAACUAUCAGGAAAUGCAACAGAUUUGCCUUUUUUACCUCCACUCCGUAGACACGAGUGGAGGCUUUCAUGCAGACUUGCACAUUGUUUUUGCUGUUAGUCCUUUUUCUAAUGGUACCAGUUAUGGUUUUGUUUUAAUAUCAUAACGUGCUUUUUGUAUGACCUUUUGCAGAGAAAGUGGGAACAAUUGUUCGGCGCCCCUUGGCGAUGAGCAGCAAUUGCAGGUGGUGUCUUUUUGGAGGGCUGGAGAGCCGUGUCACCUCACAGUAGGUGGUUACUCCCUAUAGAUGGUGACUUUGCAGACAUUUAUUUAAAGGAAAAUGCUUCUGUUCUUCGCAGAUUUAAUGUUUUUAAGUAGCCUGUAACAUUAACGAUAUUUCUUUGGAAAAGGAAUACAAAUUUGAAGACCCUAAACUAGACCCUUCAUAGUCUCCCUACAAAGUCUAGUCGGUCGUGCGUGUGUUUCAAUCUGUCCUCAACAUUAACUCUGAUCUGAGUGCUGCUGCUCUGUCAAUGACGGUGUCUAAGUGAUCUCACUACAAGGCGGAGGUCAGCCGGGGAUUUAGUUUUGCAACGACAAUGUUGCCUUUUUUGUCAACCGUGCCUGAACUGGACAAAAAAACCUUCCCACUAAAUGACGUUUGACUAAAUGAAGUUUCUUCCUUUUUCGUGAUGACCUCGUCCUGUGCGACUGCACCACUCGAACAAUCUUCUUCGGUUUAUGUUGCGGUUCUGGUUUCUUAUUUUUUUUCAAAAUAUGAGUCAAAGAAUUGAAGGCGCUGGAUAUCAACCAUGAUACUGUCUUUGAAGUCUGAAUUCAGCAUUGAAUGUUGGCACAGAAUGCUCUCUCAUUGUUAUUAAAUUAGGAUUUUGUCUGUAAAAAAAAAAAAAAAAAAAUACUCUGUAAAACAAAUGUUAUUAUAUUCAGCAAAGUAUGAUACUGAAGAAAUACAAUUUGGUUUUAUUUAUUUUUCCUAAACUCUGUAUCGAAACCUUCAAAUGACACUCAGCCCAAUACAUAUGCCACUUAUUUAUUGUAUGUACAAAAUGUCUUUCUCAGUCCCACUGUGUUACCGCCAUGUCACCAUUAAUCAGUGCUUUAAGCCUUUCUAAGUGCCACUUGGUCGCAUUCGUCUCCUGCUUUUUUUUUUUACAAAGAAAUCUAAUCUCAGGUGAAAAAGGUACGUCACAUCCCAAACCGUAACCCUCACCGUGUGUUUUGUUGCUGCCGUUUUCUUUUCUUAUUAUAUUCUCAUUUUAAUAUUUUUCUAUUUUGGUUUGUUGCAGCAUGAUUAAGUUAUUUUGCGCACACAGACAAGGCUGCAAAGUCAUAUUACAAUUACAUGUUGGAAAAAGGUUUUAUGUAAACGUCCUUUUUAAUAGUUUAGUGAGUUUCCGUAAUAGCGUUGGUAAGUUGGACUUGAACUGUUUGUUGGGUCAACAUCAAAGAAUCCGCUGCAGAGAGUCGUGGCCUCUGAAGUGUGAAUGUAAAGUACGUCUUCUCGAGCAGAGUUUUGAAUGUGGGACAUUGCUGGCCAAUGGUGGGGACGACAUCUUCUGAGUGAUGCAUUGUGGGGGGGAAAGCGCUUUUUUGAUUUUGUUUGCAUCGGUAUUACUGCAUGUUAUCUAUGUAUGAUGUUUAGCGGUUUAAUUGACUUGUAAAAAGAGUGCUAUCAAAUGUAACAUACUGUACACACACACACACACACACAUAUACAUGAGUACGUGCAUGUCCAGAAGGGUUUACACUGUUCAUAAUGGUAACGAAUGUCCAAAUAUACCUUUUUUUUUUUUUGUGGUUGGACGGUGUGACUGAAUAAAUGUAAAGGAAA